AACCCUACCCGGCCUAGCAACCUCAAGUUCUGAAGUAUAUAGGAGGUUUCUAGUGUUCAGGUUCGUUGUCACGAUUCAGUCCACACUCAUUCCAUUACGACUGGAAAGAAACGAAAAUGGAACAUACUCUCAAGGAAUAUUUUGGGUUUUCGACAUUUCGACCGUAUCAGAAGGAGAUAAUCGAGAAGAUUUUGGAGGGAAGAGAUAGCUUGGUUGUUAUGGCUACCGGUAGCGGCAAGUCCCUAUGCUAUCAAGUUCCUCCAUUAAUUGCACAAAAGACUGCUGUAGUUAUAAGCCCACUUAUUUCUCUGAUGCAAGAUCAGGUCAUGGCUUUGAAAGAGAGGGGCAUUAGAGCUGAGCAUCUCUCCACUGCUCAGACCAACACAAGUGCACAGAAGAAUGCUGAGAGUGGCCAAUAUGACCUUCUGUAUAUGACUCCAGAGAAGGCAUGUAAUGCUCCCAACAGCUUCUGGUCAAGGUUGCUUAACACAGGAAUAUGUCUAGUGGCUGUUGAUGAAGCCCAUUGUAUCUCGGAGUGGGGCCAUGAUUUUCGGGUGGAAUACAAACAAUUAUACAAGCUGCGAGAUGUUUUGGUAGGUGUUCCAUUUGUUGGAUUGACAGCAACAGCUACAGAAAAGGUUCGAAAUGACAUAGUUGGUUCUCUUAUGAUGAAAGACCCUCAUGUUGCCAUUGGAUCAUUUGAUAGAAAAAACCUUUACUAUGGUGUGAAAUCUAUCAACCGUGGGGCCUCAUUUGUUGAUGAGCUUGUGGCACAAGUCUCUAAACAUGUAUCAAAUGCUGGAUCAACUAUUGUAUAUUGUACAACCAUUAAAGAUGUCCAAGAGAUUGGUAGAUCACUUUGUGAGGCUGGAAUCAAUGCUGGAAUGUAUCAUGGCCAAAUGGGUCACAAGGCCCGUGAAGAAUCACACAGAUCUUUUAUAAGGGAUGAGGUUCGGGUAAUGGUUGCAACUAUUGCAUUUGGAAUGGGUAUUGAUAAGCCAGACAUAAGACAUGUGAUCCACUAUGGGUGCCCUAAGAGUUUGGAGUCAUAUUAUCAAGAAAGUGGAAGAUGUGGUAGAGAUGGGAUUGCUUCUGAUUGCUGGCUAUACUUUUCAAGAGGUGACUUUGGAAAAGCUGAUUUCUACUGUGGAGAAGCAAGCUCAGAAAACCAGAAAAAAGCUAUUAUGGAUUCGUUUAUGGCUGCUCAACGAUAUUGCAUGCAGACAACUUGCAGAAGAAAAAUUUUGCUCGAGUAUUUUGGGGAAAUAUGUCCAUCCAUUAAUUGUGGAAAUUGUGAUAAUUGCACAAGCUUAAAGGAGGAGAAUGAUAUGUCUAGAGAAGCAUUUCUUCUGAUGGGUUGCAUCCAGUCUUGUGGUGGUUAUUGGGGGCUUAACUUGCCAAUAGAUGUUCUUCGGGGUUCUCGUGCUAAAAAGAUUACUGAAAAGCAGUUUGACAAUCUCCCAUACCAUGGACUUGGGAAAGAUUUUUCAGCAAAUUGGUGGAAGACACUAGGUUUUCAACUAAUUUCUUUUGGUUACUUGGUUGAGACUGUUAAAGAUACUUAUAGAACUGUAAGUGUGAGUGUGGAAGGUGCAAAGUUCCUUAGAUCCUGUAGGCCUGAUCACCAACCUCCAUUACUUUUACCAAUUACUAGUGAAUUGGGUGGUGGCAAUGAGGACAAGAUAAGUACAGAUACACCUGGCUCAGGGAUUGAUGGAAUGUCACAGGCGGAGAGAGAAGUUUAUAAAAUACUUUUAGAAGAGAGAAUGAAGCUUGCAAGAUCUGCUGGAACUGCUCCAUAUGCUAUAUGUGGGGAUUUAACCCUGAAAAAGAUAGUAGCAACAAGACCAUCUACUAAAGCAAGGUUGGCAAACAUUGAUGGUGUCAACCAGCACCUUGUAACAAGGUAUGGGGAUCAAAUUAUUCGGGUGAUCCAUGAAUUAUCGAAAAAACUGGAUCUUUGUUUGGAUGGAGUUGCAUCCAUGGAAGCCACUCAAGUUUGUAACAACUCCAAAUCUCAUACCACCACAAUAAAAAACCCAAAAGAUUUGCCACCUGCAAAAUACAGUGCUUGGAAGAUGUGGCAAGAGGAUGGUCUCACAGCUGAAAAAAUUGCUAACUUUCCUGGUAGAUCGGCCCCAAUAAAAGUAGGAACAGUCCUUGGAUAUGUUCUAGAUGCAGCACGAGAAGGAUGUGCGGUUGACUGGGGGAGAUUUUUUAAUGAAAUUGGACUGACACAGCAGAUUGCUGCUAAUGUCAAAGCUGCAGUUUUCAAAGUUGGCUCCAAAGAAAAACUCAAACCUAUCAAAGACGAGCUACCAGAAGAGGUAGAGUAUUUUCAUAUCAAGGCAUGGUUGACAAUGGAUGAACUUGGGAUGUCAACUGAUGCUAUUCCAUCUCCCACUCCCAAACAACAAUUUAAUGGAAUACAAGAAAAAGAAGAAUCAUCCCCAUCAAGUAAAAGACACAUUAAUCCUAUGCAAGCUGUAGUUGUUGAUAUUAUUGAUGAUGAUGAUGAUUCUCCCAUGAAACGCCAGAAGCUUGAAGAAGAUAAUAAUACUUCUCAUCAGCCUCAGCCUCAGCUUACUGAAGCUUCCCUUUUGGAGUGGCUUCAAAACUUUCAGAAUGGGGUCACGUUGGUGGACAUAUUGAAGCAUUUCAAUGGGUCUACAGGGGCGGCUGUUCUUGAUCUGCUGAGUUGCAUGGAGAGUGAGUUUUUAAUCUUUCAGAAGAACAAUGUCUAUAAAAUUAUGUGAUUUCUUGGAAAUUAAUUAUAACUAUAACCAGAAGAAAAAGAAACCAAUGUUAUGCUCGUGGUUA